AUGGCCUCCGCCAAUCUCGCCGUCAUCCUCUCCGUCAUCUCCCUCCUCCUGUUCUCCGCCGCUGCUCGCCUCCCCAACAACGCCGACGACGAGAGCACCGCCGUUGCCCUACCCCUCGGCGCCCCGAAGGAUGCCGAAACGACGGAACUUCUCAUCCCCGUGGUGGAUAAGACGAAGGUAGACCCACCAGCCCUGGUCGAUGGUUUCGCCCACGUUGAGCUUUCCCUUGUCCGCCCCUUGCACCGCCACCGCCGCCACCGCCCUCACUGCCACCACGGCCACCGAUUACGGGGCGGAGACGACAUGAUCUCUGCGCCUAAACACGGUGAAUGGAGCUCCUUCUCCAACUCCGCGACGGAUGUGGUAGUCCCCGAGGAGGUCAAGAGGGACAUGGUGAAUAAGGAGGAGGAGGACGGCGGCUGGCGUAUCAGGAAGAAGGAGCACAAGAAGAAGAAGAGGACGGAGGACGAGGAUUCGGAUUCGGAUUCCGAUUCCGAUUCCGAUUCCGAUUCUGACGACGAGGGGUUUGAGAUGCGGAAGAAGGAACUCAGGAAGAGGAAGAAGGAAAAGGGUGGAUGGUUGAAGUGGUUCUGGGGCUUGUGGAUCUAA